UGUGGAACGACUCCUGCACACAUCAGGGCCAUUGCUGAGAAAGUGAAGCACUGUCACCCCAGAGUGCCCCCUACUGACGUCUUUCAGGACUACAUGCUACUCGCAGGUCUGGAGCCGUUCAGGAUCGGUCCGUUUGUUGCACUAGGUCAACAUCGGGAGCGGUGCAACGUGGCUGGAUCAAGGAAGUUCGCCAAGCUGAUCAUGUCGGGAAACUACGAGGAGGCGUUGAGCAUAGCCAAGACCCAGGUGGAGAUGGGAGCCCAGGUGUUGGACAUCAACAUGGACGAGGGGAUGUUGGAGGGUCCUGCCGCCAUGGCCCGGUUCUGCUGUCUCAUAUCCUCCGAGCCGGACAUCGCCAGGGUACCUCUGUGUAUCGACUCGUCAAACUUCGAGGUGAUCAAGGCGGGGCUGAAGUGUUGUCAGGGGAAGUGUAUCGUGAACAGCAUCAGUCUGAAGGAAGGAGAAGAGGAGUUUCUCCAGAGAGCUACGACUGUCAGACGCUACGGGGCUGCCGUGGUGGUUAUGGCCUUCGACGAGGAGGGUCAGGCUACCGACACAGAGCGCAAGGUCGACAUCUGCAGCAGAGCCUAUCGUCUCCUGGUAACUCAAGUGGGCUUUGACCCCAACGACAUCAUCUUUGACCCCAACAUCCUGACCAUCGGCACGGGCAUGGAGGAACACAGCGAGUACGCCAUCAACUUCAUCAGAGCCACCAGGCUCAUUAAGGAGUUGUUGCCUGGGGCCAGGAUCAGUGGAGGCCUGUCCAACCUGUCCUUCUCCUUCAGAGGCAUGGAGGUCAUCAGAGAGGCCAUGCAUGGAGCCUUCCUCUACCACGCUAUCAAGGACGGUAUGGACAUGGGCAUAGUGAACGCUGGCAGCCUGCCUGUCUAUGAUGAUAUCGACAAGGAGCUCCUGCUCAUGUGUGAGAACCUUAUCUGGAACAAAGACCCGGAGGCCACAGAGAAACUACUGCUGUACGCACAGAGCUGUGCCAAAGGAGGGAAGAAGGUGGUCCAGACGGAUGAGUGGCGAGAGGGAACAGUGGAGGAGAGGCUGGAGUAUGGGCUCAUCAAGGGUAUAGAUAAGUAUGUGGUAGAGGACACAGAGGAGGCGAGGUCCCAGGCUGAGCUCUAUCCGAGGCCCCUACACGUCAUUGAGGGGCCCCUGAUGAACGGCAUGAAGGUGGUGGGAGACCUGUUUGGUGCUGGGAAGAUGUUCCUACCUCAGGUGAUAAAGUCAGCACGUGUGAUGAAGAAGGCUGUCGCCCACCUGAUCCCCUUCAUGGAGAAGGAGAGAGAGGCCAUGCUACUGGCAUCAGGAUCAGUAGAGGAGAUUGACCCCUACCAGGGCACCAUACUGUUGGCCACAGUGAAGGGAGACGUCCACGACAUCGGAAAGAACAUUGUAGGAGUGGUGCUGGGCUGCAACAACUUCAGAGUGAUCGAUCUGGGGGUCAUGGUUCCAUGCGACAGGAUAUUGAGGGAAGCCAUCGACUGCAAAGCAGACAUCAUCGGUCUGUCUGGCCUCAUCACGCCCUCGCUGGAUGAGAUGAUCUACGUUGCCAAGGAGAUGGAGCGGCUUGGGAUGAAGACCCCACUGCUGAUCGGAGGGGCCACCACCUCCAAGACCCACACGGCAGUAAAGAUCGCUCCCCGUUACAGCUGUCCUGUGGUGCAUGUUCUGGAUGCUUCCAGGAGUGUGGUGGUGUGUUCCCAGCUGCUAGAUGAGAAUGUGAGGGAGGAGUUCUUUGAGGAGACGACAGAGGAGUACGAAGACAUCAGACAGGACCACUACGACUCUCUAAAGGAGAGGCGGUUCCUGUCUCUAGCCCAGGCCAGGGAGAAAGGACUCCAUGUGGAUUGGCUUUCUCAGACCAAACCAGUGUGUCCUCAGUUCCUGGGUACCCGUGUGUUUGAGGGGUAUGACCUGCGGAGGCUGGUGGACUACAUCGACUGGAAGCCUUUCUUUGACGUGUGGCAGCUGAGAGGGAAGUACCCUAACAGAGGGUACCCCAAGAUCUUCAAGGACAAAACCGUGGGUGAGGAGGCUCGGAGGGUGUUUGACGACGCCCAGCGGCUCCUCAACAGACUGAUAGAUAAUAAGGGUCUCUGGGGGCGUGGCCUGGUGGGCUUCUGGCCCGCCCAGAGUGUAGGAGACGACAUCCAGGUGUACGAACAUGACGUCACACCUCGCUCCCCCACGCCCCUCGCCACCUUCUAUGGACUACGCCAACAGGUGAGUAGCAGGGAGAUCUGGAACAGGGUGUGUUAG